AUGACUGACCAGCCGCCGCCGCUCAAAAAUUGGCCGCACACCUUCGACCAAAACUACGUGUUCAAGCGCCUUGGCAUAGUAGAGAGCACCCGGGACCAACAGGUUGUCCGCGAAGAAGCACAAGCUGUCUAUAAUGUCGUAGCAGCUCAGGCUUUCAAAAAAGGCAUCAUCCUUAGCCACAUUUUCCGAUCGAGUUCUUCACGCACUCAAAUCCUAUAUGAGUGGCGCAAGCGAAUGCCGAGGGUGCCACCGGCUGUUAGGAAUCACGUUCCAAACAUCGACCUUCUCAGUGGGGCGUUGUAUAAAUACCUCACUUGUAUUCACGAUGAGUUGCUAGAGGACUUUGCAGCAAGCCCAAAAGAUCAGGCAAACCAAGCAGCAAAAGCCUCUGGGAAGACAGGACGAGGGCCAGGACGACCGCCAGCACCGGUAGUACCAGGGCCAGCACGAAGUACAAUACCAAAACCAGCAAAACCAGAAGACCAGAGAUUCGAAUAUCAACGGCCCUUCAUCGUGCCCAACGGUGACGUCCAGAUCAUCCGAGCAGACUAUCCGGACAUGCCAAUUGCAAUUAGGGUGAGUGACUUUUUAACAGACAAAGGAAACCCGCUGGAUGUAUGCCCUGACGGGGAUUGGAUCAACAUCGCCAACAUUGAAUUUGAAUUGUUCAGAGCUAACCUCACCCAAGAAGGGUAUUGGGCUGAUGGGGACACAGUCUGGUUAAGCCCUUACCCUCUGGGGGAAAUUGAUACUACGAAGAUUACUAACCCACAGCCUGGCGAGGCACGACUAACUUCCUUUAACCUAGCAUCUACACUUUUGCGAACUAUUCGUGAACAUUGGCCUAAGCUUCGAAAUCCCUCCCCUGAGCCCUUUGAAAGUUCAAGGCGCUCACCAUUACCUAGACCUAGUUUGACUAUUAUUAUUCGAACCGGUGUUCCAAGAGGAGGUGCUCUAGCUCCUAAUCAGCCAGCAAUAGCUCGUCCCACUGAACAAUUGGGUGGCAAUACGGUCAGGCCUAACCGCCGAAUGGAACAGGUAGCCCGAUAUGCGGCCAACAGACACGCCAAAACCAAGCGAAAGAGGGGAGAAGCGGAAUGGGAAACAGGAAGAACAGAAAAUGAGGUCGAGGGAGAUGGUCCAAUAGCUCAAAGAAGAAAAAGGAUUCCCCAAAGUGCCGCCAGCGGCCCUGUUGGCCUUGCUCCUGGUACUGCCCCUGGCCCUGCCUUUGCCCCCGAACCUGCCUUUGCCCCUGGCCCUGCUAUUGACCCUAAUUCCCUAGCUCCCGCCGGACAAGAUCCCCCCGCAGGUGAGUUCGAUGAAGAGGCUUUCCUAGCCGAUUUGGAUCCUACAAUGUUUAACGACCAGGCAAUUUUGGGUGAUGAUUCCGCCUUGCAAGCAUUCUUCGAGCAGAACAAAUGGAGUGGAGAUGAAGCACCGAUGGACGAGGAGAUGUGA